AUGUCCAAAAGAAAAGCGCCCGCCGCCACCAGCCCGCCCACAAUCCAGGACACCUCCGCCCGCGCCCCCAAACGCCAAAAACCAUCCUCCUCCUCAGCGCCGACCCCCUCCACCUUGGCCCCAGAAUUCUCCCCCAUCACCCUCUGCACAAAAUGGACAACCCCCACCCUCCCCUCCCACCUCCCCCCCUUGCCCCCCAUCCUCUCCCCCACCCUCGAAACCGCAGCGCUCACCCACUCCGGGCAAAAAAAAUCCCCCUCCGACCUCUCCUACGAGCGCCUAGAAUGGAUAGGCGACGUCUACCUCGAGCUCAUCGCCUCGGAGCUCAUCUUCGCCACCUUCCCCUCCAUCCCCGAAGGCGAAAUGUCCCGCCGUCGCGAGCUCCUCAUCCGCAACUCAACCCUCUCCGCCUUUUCGGUCCGGUACGGCCUUGACAAGAGAGCAAACUUCCCCAGCGAGUUCAAUCUGACAGGCAGACCGAACGGCAGCACGGCCCACGCCAAAAAGAAGGAGAAGGCCCUGGCGGAUAUUUUUGAGGCGUAUGUCGGGGGGGUGAUAAGGUCUGAUCUUGUCAAUGGGUACAAAAAUGCUGUGGUUUGGUUGAAGGCGUUGUGGGGACCGUUGUUGAAGGCGGAGAUCAAGGUUGAGGAGGGCGGGGGACGGAUGAUUGACAAGGAGCAGAAUCCGAAGGUGAGGCUGGAGCAGCUGAUCGGGGCCAGUUGUGUCAGGAUUGAGUACAGGGAUUUGCCUGGGACGGGGGAGAGGUUUGUGGAUAAGCAACCGCAAUUUGGGAUUGGCGUGUAUUUCACGGGGUGGGGGGAGGAGAAUCUUUUGCUGGGGGAGGCGUGGGAUUUUGGCAAGAAGAGUGCCGGGCACAGGGCGGCGGAGAAGGCUUGUGGGCAUCCGAUGGUGGUGGGGAGGUUGGUGGAGAGGAAGAGGGCUUAUAUGGCCAAGAGGGCCAUUGAGAGGACGACGGAGGAGGAGGAGGGGAAGGAGCAGGAGUGA